AUGUCCGUCACCAAUUUGAAAAACGUUGUCCACGAAUUAGAUACCGGCUAUGGUUUAAUGAGUUUGACCUGGAGAGCCGAACCUGUCCCUCAGUCACAGGCCUUCGAAGCCAUGUACAGAGUGGUUGAAUUAUCCAGAGAACGCGGGCACAAAGCCUUCUUUAACGUUGGUGAGUUUUAUGGUCCCGAUUUUAUUAAUCUGUCAUAUGUUCACGACUUCUUUGUGAAGUAUCCGGAUUUGAGAAAGGAUGUGGUUAUUAGUUGUAAAGGUGGUGCAGACAAUGCUACCUUAACUCCCAGGGGCAGUCAUGAUGACGUGGUUCAAAGUGUAAAGAAUUCAGUUAGUGCUAUUGGCGGCUACAUCGACAUCUUCGAAGUUGCAAGAAUCGACACUUCCUUAUGCACGAAAGGAGAGGUUUAUCCCUACGAAUCUUUCGAAGCCCUUGCUGAAAUGAUCUCCGAAGGCGUCAUUGGUGGUAUCUCAUUAAGUGAAGUUAAUGAACAACAAAUAAGAGCUAUCUACAAGGACUGGGGAAAGUUUUUGACCUGCGUUGAAGUCGAACUUUCUUUGUUCAGCACGGACAUUUUACAGAACGGAAUUGCUAGAACAUGUGCUGAAUUGGGAUUGACUAUCAUCUGCUACUCCCCACUAGGUAGGGGGUUGUUGACAGGUCAAUUGAAAUCCAAUGCUGAUAUUCCAGAGGGUGACUUUAGGAAAACCUUGAAAAGGUUUAGCGAUGAGUCUUUGAAGAAAAACUUGACCUUGGUUAAGUUCUUGCAGGAAGAAAUCGUCGACAAGCGUCCUAAAAACAACUCUAUUACUCUUCCUCAGUUGGCUUUGGGAUGGAUUAAACACUGGAACAAAGUUCCAGAAUACAAGGGCGCCAAAUUUAUUCCAAUUCCAAGUGGCUCUUCUACUUCUAAGGUUAAUGAAAACUUUGACGAACAAAAAACCAAACUUACCGAACAGGAGUUCAAUGCCAUUAACAAACAUCUGGCUACUUUCCACACUGUUGGCGACAGAUACGAAAUGGCGUAA